CAAGAGCAAAAAGGUGUACAACAUGGAGUCGCAUGCGGAAACGAUGUUUCUUCUCAUUUUUAAGGCGUAUUUUACAAGUCCUAUAUCUCUUGAGUGUGCUAAGCCGCGUCAACAGAAGAAAGUCGAUGUUCAAUUUGAGCACGACAAGCAGCAACGACAGAUCUAAACGAGUUAAGUAUCUAUAUGAUGUAUGUUCUAAAAUACCGAGCAUGGUUACACUUAUCUCUUCGAGCUUCUACAUCCUUCGAUUCCCAGCGUCAUCCCGUCUUUGUCCGGACAGCUAGUUUUUCUCGGCGUGCGUCAGCAUAUGGAAGAACCCUUCAACUUCGUUUCCAAUCCAUCGCGUGAAGAUAUGUUGAGGAGUAUACUUCCUUCCCCCACAACGUAUCCAAAUCUCAAAAGUUUACGUGCCGCAUACGAGUUGGCCACCACGCUCUCCUGGAGGGAAGAAGGUUUCGUGUACCGGAAUGGGAAUUUGCGGUGUAAAAUUCGAAAUCCGAAAUUCGUGCUAAGGCGUCGCACUCAAGUAUAGUUUGAAGAAGUGUCGUUAGUAAUAGUAAUGUCGUUAGUAACGUCACUCAAGUAUAGUUUCAAGUGUCAUUAGUCUAAUAGUAAAUGGCAGUGCAGGAGUGUCAUUAGUCUAAUAGUAACUGGUAUUCAACGCCAAAGUCCGGCAGUGCAGGAGGUUCAUCUGCUGGCGGUCAUAGAACUGCUAUCUCUUUGUCCCUUUGUUCAGUUUAGCUCAUUAUGCUGAUGAAAAAACGAGAGUCAUGUUUUAGCUCCUAGAAGAAGAAGGGGGUCACAACUCGCAGAUAAAGACGUGACGACCAUCUCUCAACUUCCACUGUAGCGUCUCAUGUUCUGUCUCCUUUCAUCGUCUGCCUUACGCAACCGCAACUACCGUUGUCGGAAAGGAGCACUUUGGGUCGGCACCGAUCCGGAUUGGGUGAGCAUCAUCACGCGUUUCGCAGGGUUUGCGCCUCUAGUAAGGCGUACGCGCGACCAGCUCGAUUUCUUGGCUCGAGGAGGGAAAUUACCCGAAAACUUUCGGAGGCUUUGCUUGUUAAGGACAAUAGAAAGUAGUGUAGUACUAGAAGGAGAGAAGAAGUGCAUAAGAAUAGGAAUUACUGGGUAACAAGUACUAGGUAAGUACUAGUACUGGAAGAAGAUGUUUAUCAUUUUUUCUAGUUAGGUCGGCUCCACCACAAAACAAAUUUAUCAUUGUUCGUGCAUUGAUGCAUUCCUAGCCAUCUGCACUCGAGACCUUGUUCACCUCUAAAUAACUUAGCACAGAAGCACGACACAGACGCAACCCAAGCAAUUGACAAGACUAGUGCGGUUGGCUACGGAGGACCUUCUUCGGGGAUGAAUUUCAGGGAAGAAAUGCCGGCAGUUGAGCGACUGCUGCGGAAAUAUUGUGACGCAUCAUGAUUGAAGGACACUCAGACGCCGUAGAUAGACAGUGACAGAUCUGAUGCAAUGAAAAGUAGAUCCCCAUUCCCUUUCAAAAUUAUAUUUGAGACCUUUGCAG